UGUUACAGUGUCUAUUCAAGGCUACAUGGACAUCUCUUUGCCUCUCAGUGGCCAGCCCUCCCUCAACAGCCCUUCUAGGUCUGACCAGCAGCAUAAUGAGUCCCACGGUCGCAGCGGGUCUUCUAGGUCACAUCACCGGCACUCAUCCUCCAGACACCAUAGUUCAUCCAGAACUGGUCAUGCUAGUAGAAGUACUCCUCAUCUCUCCCCCCAUGAUGAAAGAUUGGAAAAUUCUUGCUGGGGGUGCAAGGCUUCGUUAUCUAUUAACAAAUCCCUUUGUGAUCAUUGUUUCUCUAAAGUAGCCAAUGAAAGGGGAGGUGUAGAUAAACACCUGGAAGCUCUUGUUAAAAGGGUCGUGGAUAAAUCCCUGCAGGAGAGAGAUACUAUAAUACAGCAGGACUCUCCUAUAGACCCAAUGAUUCCCUUAUUGGAUCAGGGACAUUUACAUGAGGUCUUCGCAGCCACUCAGGCCAGCCAGUCGGCUGCUUCUCCUUCAGAAAGUGGUUCAGAAUUGGAGGAUACAGUAAUAGGCUUUGAUUAUGCCUUAGUCCCUGCCUUAGUGAAAGCUAUUAAGGAAGCCUUGAAUUUGGAGGAUCCAGCUACUUCUCCCCCUAAACAGAGAAAACUCUUUAAACAGCUCAACAAGGAGCGACAUUACUUCCCGUUUAUUACGGAGAUAGGCGCCAUUAUUUCCAAUGAGUGGAGUAAACCUGAUAAAAAAGGCUCUAUGCAGUCGAAGAUUACAAAAUUAUAUCCCUUCAAACAAGAAGAUGUGACACAUCUUGAAGCUGCCCCGUCAGUGGACGCAGCGUUGAUGCGUUUAGUGAAGUAUGUGACCCUUCCCUUGGAAGACACAGUUUCUUUUAAAGAUCCUUUGGAAAGACGGAUCGAUUCGGACCUAAAGAGAAUCUACUUGACAGCAGGGUCUGCUCGUAAACCCAUUUUGGCUAUAGCAGCUGCCUCAAAAGCCUUAGAAGCCUGGUCUGACAGUGUUAAUGAUUCCUUAAGAAGCAUUUCUGAGGAUACAGCUAAGAAUUCUCCUAUCCAGGAAAUUAGGCUAGCGUCCGCUUUCUUGGGGGAGGCCUCUAUUGAUAUUACUCGCCUAGUGGCCAGGGUGAUGUUGUCGGCAGUCACUGCCCGCCGUGCUUUGUGGCUCCGUCCAUGGUCUGCGGAUGCAGCCUCAAAGCAGGCUUGGUGCCGUAUUCCCUUCGAGGGCGGGUCCCUCUUUGGCAAUAAACUAGAUAGUGCCAUCUCUCGGGCCACGGGAGACCAUGGAGGUCCAGACAACCUCCCUUAUAGAAGCAAACCAAAGGCACUACUUCUAACAGCCAGGAAUCUACGAAGUCUUUUUGAGGUUGGGCCCGCCCAAGCAUUUCAGGUGGGGGCUCGCCUUUCCCACUUUCGGCAUGUUUGGGCGGCCUCUAUUCAGGACUUCUGGACCAUCAAGACGGUCUCGUCGGGCCACACUUGGAUCUUCAACAGCGCCCCCAGGCUCAGGUUUGUUCCCACGAACCUUCCAGGCACAGAAGAGAAAAGACAAAUCCUUUUGGCCUACGUGAACUCUUUAUUAAUUCAAGGCGCAGCUGUCAGUGUACCAAAAACAGAACGAGGCGAAGGCAUGUAUUCCCCUUUAUUUCUAGUGCAGAAAAAGAACGGUACUUGGAGACCAGUAAUAGACCUAACUCAUCUCAACCGGUUUAUUCGGAAAUAA